AUGAAGAAUGGGGAGAAAGUUCAAGAAUACAUUAGCCAUGUUCUCGAUAUCGUAUACAAAAUCAGGGUUCUUGGAGAAGCUCUAGCUGAACAAGAGGUUGUUUUUAAAAUCAUGAGAACCCUCACCCCAAACUAUCGCCAUGUAGUAUCAUCCAUCCUGGAAGGAAAUGAUAUCAAAACACUGACAGUGGAGAAACUGAGUGGGUCCUUGAAGAGCCAUGAAGCUAUUCUUGCAUUAUCAACAACUGAUGAAGAAGUUAAAGCCCUGCAGGCUGAAACUACACCAUCCUGGCCUGGUGAAAACAGUAACUCAGGAGGACGAGGCAAAGGGAGAGCUUCCUUUAGGGGUCGCUUCAGAGGAAGAGGUCGAGGUAGAAGUACUGACCGAGCCUAUCUUCAAUAUCACAUAUGCAAGAAAUAUGGGCAUGUGAAGGCACAAUGCUGGAAUAGAGAGAGUGACGCCAAUGUGACUGAGGAAGAACCGGUUGUUGAAGAGCAAAAGCUGUUCAUGGCCAGUGGAGGAAGAUGUGUUGAAGCAUCAUCGGUGUGGCUCAUCGACAGCGGGUGCUCCAAUCAUAUGAGUGGCAUAAGAGAACAUUUCCAUGAUCUUGAUGAGAAUGUUCAGCAAGUGGCGAGGCUUGGAGAUGGGAAGACCAUCAAGGUUGAAGGUGUUGGAACUGUUGAGUUUCAAACAAACAAUGGGAAGAUAAAAUACUUAAAAGAAGUUCAAUUUGUCCCACAAUUAGCCCACAAUUUGCUGAGUGUGAGCCAACUCAUUCUCACGGGAUAUACUGUAACCUUCUCAAACAAGGAGUGUACCAUUCUUGAUUAA